CUCUUGCACUGGUGGGUGGGGAGAGGCGCCGGCAGCCAACCAGGGUCCGGCGGCGCGCACCGCUUCCUCCGGCGGGCGGCCACACGUAAAGGCCCCACAAAGGAGUCGGGAGUUCAAAUGAGGCUGCCGCGGGGCCGGAGGGCGCCUGGGGGUGAGCCCUGAGCUCUGAGGGGCCGCCGGUGUGGGUCAGGAGGGGCAUGGCCUGGAGACCACCCCUUGCCCCCGUGGUCCGCGAAGGCAGGUCGUGAGCAGGACCCCGGCCAGCCCCCGCCCCGUCCCGUCCCGGCUUGGCUGCCUGAGCCCAGAGGCGGGAGACAGACAGAGCCCAGCGAGCAGAGGCCAGGGGCAGACGCGGGACUGCAAACGGGCGGCGACUUGGGAACAGCCCCGGGGACCAUGGACGGGCGGCACCACUGACACUCUGCCUGCAGGGCGAAGCAUGUGACACUGUCCCGGGGCCACCAGGAGCGAAGAGGUUCUCCCAGGCUCCGUCUGCAAGGCACCGCUCCCCCCGCACCAUGCGGCCGCUGCUGGGCGUGACCUGCUGGUGGCUGGGCCUGCUGGCCACCCUGGCCGCAGCCGCCGCCGGCCCCCAGGAGGGCGCGGAGGAGGGCGCGGAGGAGGGCGCGCAGGGCGAGUUCGUCUACCUGAACCGGUACAAGCGGGCCGGCGGCGGCGAGUCCGCGGACAAGUGCACCUACACCUUCAUCGUGCCCCAGCAGCGGGUGACGGGGGCCAUCUGCGUCAACUCCAAGGAGCCCGAGGUGCUGCUGGAGAACCGCGUGCACCGGCAGGAGCUGGAGCUGCUGCACGGCGAGCUGCUCAAGCAGAAGCGGCAGAUCGAGGCGCUGCAGCAGCUGGUGGAGGUGGACGGCGGCAUCGUGAGCGAGGUGAAGCUGCUGCGCAAGGAGAGCCGCAACAUGAACUCGCGCGUCACGCAGCUCUACAUGCAGCUGCUGCACGAGAUCAUCCGCAAGCGCGACAACGCGCUCGAGCUGUCGCAGCUGGAGAGCCGCGUCCUCAACCAGACGGCCGACAUGCUGCAGCUGGCCGGCCGCUACCGGGACCUGGAGCACAAGUACCAGCACCUGGCCACGCUGGCCCACAACCAGUCCGAGGUCAUCGCCCAGCUGGAGGAGCACUGCCAGCGCGCGCCCGCCGCCCCCGCACGGCCGCUGCCCCCGCCCGCGCCCGCCCCCGCCGCGCCGCCCCGCGCCUACCCGCCCCCGCCGCCCCCGCCCUACAACCGCAUCACCAACCAGAUCUCCACCAACGAGAUCCAGAGCGACCAGAACCUGAAGGUGCUCCCGCCCCCGCUGCCCACCAUGCCCACCCUCACCAGCUUCCCGUCCUCCACGGACAAGCCGUCGGGCCCGUGGCGGGACUGCCUGCAGGCGCUUGAGGACGGCCACGACACCAGCUCCAUCUACCUGGUGAAGCCCGAGAACACCAACCGCCUGAUGCAGGUGUGGUGCGAGCAGCGGCAGGACCCCGGGGGCUGGACGGUCAUCCAGCGGCGCCUGGACGGCUCCGUCAACUUCUUCAGGAACUGGGAGACUUACAAGCAAGGGUUCGGGAACAUCGACGGCGAGUACUGGCUGGGCCUGGAGAACAUCUACUGGCUGACCAACCAAGGCAACUACAAGCUGCUGGUGACCAUGGAGGACUGGUCGGGCCGCAAGGUGUUCGCCGAGUAUGCCAGCUUCCGCCUGGAGCCCGAGAGCGACUACUACAAGCUGCGGCUGGGCCGGUACCACGGCAACGCCGGCGACUCCUUCACCUGGCACAACGGCAAGCAGUUCACCACCCUGGACAGAGACCACGACGUCUACACGGGGAACUGCGCCCACUACCAGAAAGGAGGCUGGUGGUACAACGCCUGCGCCCACUCCAACCUCAACGGCGUCUGGUACCGCGGGGGCCACUACCGGAGUCGCUACCAGGACGGCGUGUACUGGGCCGAGUUCCGGGGCGGCUCCUACUCGCUCAAGAAGGUGGUGAUGAUGAUCCGGCCCAACCCCAACACCUUCCACUGAGCCCUGCGCCCCCCGGACCACCCGGCCCCCACCAGCGCGCCCGGGGACUGCGCGAGUCCAGCGUGUUCUCCGUCCCCGUCACGUCUGUGGCCAGGCGGGGCCGGCCGGCGGGCUCAGCUGGGUGACGCGCGGCCCCUGCACGAGCCCUGAGCCCAGCCAGCCUCCUGGUCACCGCGGGUUUCCGUGGGCGCCCAGGGGUGCACGAACUUGGGGGUCCAGACAUGGGGCGGGCCCCAGCUUUGCCCCGGGGGGGCGGGGGGAGGAACCUCCCUCCCCACGGCUGUGCGUGUGGCACGUGUGUGGUUCCCGUGUCAAGCCCGACCCUUGGUGUCCGUCUGUCAGCCCAGGCCGUCAGGGCGGGCGGCCGCCACACUCUGCCCUCACACGGGGGCACUCGGGCGCCCCGUCAGAAAUCUCCAGAUCCCCUCCCUGCCCGUUCCUCUCUGUCCCCCCCCAUUCUCAGGACUCGGCCGCCACCCUGCCCCAGGCCCCGCCGAGCCUGGCUCCCAGGCCAGUGGCCGCCCUCCGCGCUGCCCACUGCUCCGCCCCACCUCACCGUUGCACGGGCCGCCUCGGAGGGGCGGAGGGUUGUUUUGUUAUUCUGCCUUCACGUUAGCCUGCCUGCGCGUUUAGCCUUCACAGAAAUAUUAGCCGACACUUUGCCAGAUAUUUGACUCCAGUCACCCGGGGGUCAGCGAAAGGCCCCAUGUCUCAGGCCAACUGGGGUCUCGCCGCUCCCGGCUGCCCCCCACCCCAGCCCUGCAGGACUGGCUGUCCCCCGGGGGUCCACGGGCAUCCCUCGGCCACCAGGAGGCCUCGGGCCUGGGUGCGUGGGGCGGGGAGCGUGCGUGCCUGUUACCUCAGUGCCCCUCCGCGUCCCGGGGGGCGUGUCCCGUGUCCCUAGCAGGGAGUUGUUUUUUAUUGGAACAUAUUCCCAGGUCGCCUUGUAAUGGCACAAACCUGCAAUAAAGGCCGCCAAGGCUCCGCGCUGUC